GGAAAUGAUAUUAGCGUUUUUAAAUUGAACCGAGGUAGCAUAGACAAGAAGAACAAGCUUGCAGUCCACCUUCAACUCCUCUUCUGGAAACCGCCGGAGAUCAAAACUCCGGCCGUUCAAUUUCUCAACUUCUUUUCCAGAUAAUGAGGCGCCGCCUAAUCAAACUCCGCUCACUUCAAUUUGAGUAAUUCGCCACCAGUUCAAAGUUCCCAACCUAUAAAAUGGACAUCCUUUUUGCUCAGAUCCAAGCAGACCUCCGCUCCAACGAUGCGCUCCGCCAGUCUGGAGCAUUGCUCCAAGCACUCCAACAGUCCGCCGCCGGAAGAGAUAUCUCGGUGCUCGCCAAAUCCGCCGUUGAGGAGAUAGUCGCUUCGCCUGCCUCCGCCGUCUCCAAAAAGCUCGCCUUCGACCUAAUCCGAUCCACUCGCCUCACUCCAGAUCUCUGGGAAACCGUGUGCUCCGGCGUCCGGAAGGAUCUCGAUUUCCCCGAUCCCGAUGUCACCGCCGCCGCCGUCUCAAUUCUCGCCGCCGUCCCCUCCUACCGCCUCGGCAAGCUCAUUAACGACUGCCACAAGGAGAUCUCGGCUUGCUUUGAUUCGCCCAGCGAUAAUCUGCGGUUUUCGAUUACGGAAACACUGGGCUGCAUCCUCGCGCGUGAUGAUCUCGUGACCUUGUGUGAGAACAAUAUCAACUUGCUCGAUCGCGUCUCCAAUUGGUGGAACCGGAUGGCGCAGAACAUGCUUGAUAAGUCCGAUUCUGUUUCGAAGGUCGCCUUUGAAUCCAUUGGGAAACUGUUUCAGGAAUUUGAAUCGAAGAAGAUGAGCCGUCUAGCUGGAGAUAAGUUAGUUGACACUGAAAAUUCUGUAGCAAUUCGAUCGAAUUGGAUUUCUUCUAUGGUUGAUUUUGUUUGGAAGAAGAGAAGUGCAUUGAUGUCUCGCUCGGUAAUCCUCCCUAUUGAGAGUUUUAGAGCGACUGUUUUUCCGCUAGUUUAUGCGGUGAAAGCAGUGGCUUCAGGAUCGAUAGAGGUGAUCAGGAAGCUAUCAAUGUCAUCAAAGACUAGAAGUGACACAAACUCAGAUUCAGCAAAUGCAGAGAGAUUUGUGGGAGUAUCUGAUGUGGUGUCGCAUUUGGCACCUUUUCUGGCAUCAUCGCUGGAUCCUGCAUUGAUAUUUGAAGUGGGGAUUAAUAUGUUAUACUUAGCUGAUGUUCCUGGAGGGAAGCCUGAGUGGGCUUCCGCCUCAACCAUAGCAAUUCUUACUCUUUGGGACAGACAAGAGUAUUCCUCUGCCCGCGAGAGCAUUGUUCGAGCUGUCGUAACUAAUCUACAUCUCCUUGACCUAAGCAUGCAGGUUUCAUUGUUUAAAAGGCUGCUUGUUAUGGUCAGGAACUUGAGGGCAGAAUCUGACCGAAUGCAUGCUUUGGCAUGUAUUUGUCGUACUGCUCUUUGUGUAGAUCUGUUUGCAAAGGAGAGCGUCCGGCGAGGUCAAAAACCUCUGGCAGGAACAGAUAUUGUCUCACUUUUCGAAGAUGCUAGUGUAAAGGAUGACCUUAACAGCGUCACUAGUAAGAGUUUGUUUAGAGAAGAAUUAGUUGCCAUGCUGGUAGAGAGCUGCUUUCAGCUGUCCUUGCCUUUGCCUGAACAGAAGAGUUCGGGCAUGGAGAGCAGGGUAAUUGGUGCCCUAGCUUACGGAACUGGUUAUGGUGCUUUAAAUUGGACAGAGCCGGCUCUUGAAGUGGUGGAAGUGUGCAGACCAUGUGUUAAAUGGGAUUGCGAUGGCAGAACAUACGCAAUUGAUUGCUAUCUUAAAUUGCUUGUUAGGCUUUGCCAUAUUUAUGACACAAGAGGAGGUAUUAAAAGGGUCAAAGAUGGGGCAUCUCAAGAUCAGAUAUUGAAUGAGACAAGGUUGCAAAAUUUGCAACGGGAACUUGUCAAAGAUCUCAGCGAGGUAAACACACCUAGAAUAUGCAGCCGUUUACUGUGGGCAAUUUCAGAGCACAUUGAUUUGGAGGGACUGGACCCCCUUCUCGCUGAUGAUCCUGAGGACCCAUUAAAUAUCAUUAUAUCAAAUAUCCAUAAAGUCCUAUUCAAUAUAGACUCAUCUGCGAGUACAACAAACCGGCUUCAAGAUGUUCAAGCAAUUCUGCUGUGUGCUCAACGUUUGGGAUCACGUAACGCCAGGGCUGGGAAUUUGUUGACUAAAGAACUUGAAGACUUUAGGAGCAAUCCAGCAGCUGAUUCAGUUAAUAAGCACCAGUGCCGUUUAAUGAUCCAGAGAAUUAAAUAUGUUCAUAACCACUCCGACGACAGAUGGGCUGGAGUUAGUGAAGCCAGAGGAGACUAUCCAUUCAGCAACCACAAGCUCACUGUUCAGUUCUAUGAUGCAUCUGCAGCUCAGGACCGGAAACUUGAGGGAUUAAUCCAUAAGGCUGUAUUAGAACUUUGGAGACCUGAUCCCAGUGAAUUAACUGAGCUGAUGACAAAAGGGAUUAACUCAAGUUUGAUCAAAGUUCCUCCAAAUGCAUUUACUUUGACUGGUAGCAGUGAUCCAUGCUAUGUUGAAGGUUAUCACCUGUCAGAUCCAAAUGAUGGAAGGAUAACUCUUCAUUUGAAGGUUUUAAACCUUACAGAGAUUGAACUAAAUCGGGUUGACAUUCGGGUUGGACUAUCUGGUGGGUUGUACUUCAUGAAUGGAUCUCCUCAAGCUGUGAGACAGUUGCGCAAUCUUAAUUCACAGGAGCCAGUAAUAUGCAGUGUAACUGUUGGUGUUUCGCACUUUGAACGAUGUGCCCUUUCCGUCCAAGUCCAGUACUAUGGUAUUGGUGCUAUGGGUGAUUAUGAAGGGGACUAUCCUGAAGAAGAUCCACAGAUAGCUCGUCAAAAGAGGAAUUCAAGGAAUGAAUUAUGGGAGCCGAUCUUGAGAUGCCAGCCAUACAAAAUUCCUCUGACCGAGCUUCUUUUGCCUCAUAAAAUCUCUCCUGUUGAAUAUUUUCGCUUGUGGCCUAGUUUGCCUGCCAUAGUGGAAUGCACAGGUACAUAUACAUACGAAGGAAGUGGUUUUAAGGCUACUGCUGCACAGCAAUAUGGGGAGUCUCCUUUCCUUAGUGGCUUGAAAUCUCUCUCUUCCAAGCCUUUCCAUAAAGUUUGCUCGCAUAUCAUCCGGACAGUUGCUGGAUUUCAGCUGUGCUAUGCUGCUAAAACAUGGUAUGGAGGUUUCAUCGGCAUGAUGAUCUUUGGUGCUAGUGAAGUGAGCAGAAAUGUGGACCUUGGCGACGAGACUACUACCAUGAUAUGCAAAUUUGUGGUCCGAGCUUCUGAUGCAUCCAUCACCAAGGAGAUUGGUUCGGAUCUACAAGGGUGGAUGGACGACUUGACAGAUGGCACCGUUGAAUACAUGCCUGAAGAUGAAGUGAAAGCAGCUGCAGCAGAGAGGCUGAGAACCUCACUGGAACGAAUAGCAUUGCUAAAAGCAGCACGCCCCCGCAAAAAGCCUGGCACGGAAGAAGAAGAGAAGGAGGAGUAUGGCAGCUUAUGCCGCUCUUGCUUCCCUUGCUCAAACUACAACUCUUGA